AUGUAAAACCAGCAACUUCAUUUAACAUAUAUAUACUAUUCAAUUAUCUUAAUCCUUCCAUUUACUGAAAGGAUGAAUAUAUUUCAAAUUCUCUUUGUUUAGUUAAUAAUAAUUUUGCUUUCAAUACUAAGUGAUUCUUUAAUUCUUUGUAAUUAUUAUAAAUUUACUAUCGUUUCUAUCAAUUAUAUUGUUCUUGUGAUGACUUUUAUCAAAAUGACUAAAAUCUUGGAUUAUAGAGUUAAAAUUUGA